AUGGCCCUUCCUCCCGGACUGCUCUACCUGCUGCCAAUAAUUCCACAGCUGCUUGUGCCUCCCAUGGCCGUGUGCCUCCUUGCAUACAUUGCUCGUGUGUGCUUUGGCUAUAACAUACCUGUGUGGGCCAUCGCGGCGGCGUGCGUCCUGUCCUGGCCUGCCGCGCUGACGGUGCUUGUGCAAUGGUACGACCACAAAGUCGACCGCGAGGCUGCCGCGCGGGGCUCAAAGAUGCCUCGCGCAGUGAAGAGAAAGUACCUCGGGGGCGUGGACGCCCUGAUGGCAUUCGACAAAGCAGUCGAGGAGCGCAUUAUCGGUUGCCGCUUGUCUGAAUGGGCCCAAGAAUAUGGCUGGACAUUCAAUUUCCGCCUGCUCUUCCAGAAUACGAUCUUCACCGCCGAGCCUGAGUAUAUCAAGAGGAUCCUCGCCACAGAUUUCCAGGGCUAUGAGAAGGGCUCUGCGUGGUAUAACCAGAUGAAAUCACUGUUGGGUUCAGGAGUAUUCAAUGUGGAUGGCGACCUCUGGAAUUGA